AUGCAACAGGCCUCCUCGCCUGUCCUCCAGCAGCUCCGGUCACUGCACCCUGGCGCUCUCCAGACGCUACACCAGUCGCCCGACGGAACGCUAUAUCCCCACAAUCAGGUCCUGCCCGAGCUGCAGAACCUCCACACGAGCGAUGUAUACCAACAGCAGUACGCCCUGAGCGGGCCAUCGCACCAACAGCCACCGUCGCAUGCGCUGCCCGUACAUUUCGAGCAACAUGCGCUCCCACCUUCAGGGCCGUACCCGCCAUUCCAGCCGGCGGGCUAUCAGCAUGGCACGAGUCCGCGAUUCAUGAACGCGCCCCCUCCCCCGCUUCAAGAACACGCGCAACAGUAUCACGCAUCCCCCCAGACGGUACAACGACCGGUCCAGCAACUUCCACUCCCACCGCCUGCACCACCAAUACUCGCGGCGCCGCAGCCACUACCACGGCAUGUAGAGCCAGCGCCUUUGCUGCAUAAGCAGGAGAGCCAGGAUGGCGACGACACCCCGUUGUCCAACCAUGGCCAGUUCCAAGGCCUGAAGCUCAUUCCCAAUCCACCAGAUUUGGAAGGAUGGAGAGAGAGACUGUUUCAUGUCGAUGACAUGAUCACUUUGACUGAAGAGCAGUAUGAUGACUCCCUGACAUACUCAGGACUAUGCGUUGACCCCCUUCUUAGGUUCCAGACAUACUUCCCUCACAUCGACAACGUCUACUCGCAUCGCUCGACACAGCGGCAUAAACGCAAACGCUUCGUAUCGCAUUAUUGGGAUUGCCGACUCAAAGGGCGACCGCCAGGCACCAAAAAGUCCACAGAUCCAGACAAGAAGAAGAGGAAGAGAGUCGCGAGAGAGCGGGACCUGUGCGAUGUCAAGAUCAAGAUCACCGAGUUCUUUGAUCGACGGGAGUACGAGGAACAACUUGGUCGACGACCACCAGGCACAGAGAACGACCCGCCGAGCCCGGUAGCGUCGACGAUGCCGCUGAACCCCAACCGGACGGGUCAGAACCAGAACCCGCAGUUCUUCGGGCAGCAACCGCUACUUCCGCAGCAACCGGCUGGAAGUUGGGAUAUGCCUCCGAACAUGGCCGCUCAGUCGGGCAUAAACAUGGCAGAAUAUGCCCCUUCGUCCGGCCCCCCGUCUAAGAAAUUCUACACAUUCCAGAGGGUGAAUGGAAAUGGUGGGAAUGGCAAAGGCGAUGGCGUUGCUGGACCACAUAAGCAUUCGCUUGAGGAGAGUGAUCGUGUAAAGAAGAAUAGUGUCAUUAGGUGGCAGGCAAAGAUCGAUAAAGACGACAGGAAGAGAUCGCAGGGCGGAGAUCCUUCCAAAAAGACGUACCACAAGAAAGCCACCGGCAAUGCCUUGGCAACAGUCAAGAACCAUUCCAAAGAAGACGACCUAAAAUUAUACGGCAGCGCGUUCUGCCCCUUCGUCCAACGCGUCUGGAUCUCCCUCGAGCACAAGCAAAUCCCCUACCAAUACAUCGAAGUCGAUCCCUACAAGAAACCGCAAUCCCUCCUCGACGUCAACCCGCGCGGUCUCGUCCCCGCCCUCCGCCACGGCCCUACAUGGUCGACCCACGAAUCAACGGUUAUAAUGGAGUAUCUCGAAGACCUGCAAGCUGGACCUCAGCUUCUACCGCCCGAUGCGCAAACACGCGCUACUUCGCGCCUCUGGUCAGACCAUAUAAACCGGAAUGUUAUUCCGUGGUUUUAUAAAUUACUUCAGUGCCAAGACGCUGGUGAACAAGUGUCUCAUGCGAAGGAACUUAGGGAUCAGAUCGGGAAACUCGUUGAUGCCGCAGAUGCUACUGGGCCUUUCUUCCUCGGUGCCCACAUCUCGUUCGUGGAUGUGCAGAUAGCGCCCUGGGUUCUUCGGCUAAGGCGGGUGUUGGGUCCGUAUAGGGGGUGGCCUGAGGCGGAAGAAGGGAGUAGGUGGAAGAGGUGGAUUGAGGCGAUUGAGGCGGAGAGGAGUGUCAAGAUGACGACGAGUACCGAUGAGCUUUAUUUGGAUAGUUAUGAGCGGUAUGCGGAGAAUAGACCUGGGACUAGUAUGUUGGCGGAUGCGGUUAAUAGUGGGAGGGGGUUGCCUUGA